AUAGCGGAUAAAAUAUCAGCGAAAAUGAAUUUCAUUCCCGAAGCUUUGAAGGAAAACUGUCCAAGAUCGGUUACCACAGUCUGGGUCGCUAGUGGAUUAAGUGAUCGAAUGUUUAGACAAUCAUUCAAUCGAAAACAAAUUCUUGCCUUUGAUUUAUCCCCCGCUUGCCAAGAGAUUGAAAAAAUUAUAAAAUCAUCUGGCACGCAGCGUGAGCAAAAAGUUUAUUUCGAUGUAAUUGUUCAACUGGUUUACGGAGUCGUGAAGCUCAUUAAAUUUAAAUUGUUCAUAUUCCAAGGUGAUCUGAAGAAAUUUGAAGAAUCAACAUUGCCUCCAAUUAUUAAUUCACGAAAAACUGAUAAAUCAGCUGAAGAUGGCGAUCCCAUUGAUUAUCUAAGAAUUCCUGAUAUUGAUGUUAAUUUUAGUGAAGAUUUAGUAGCUGAUACUCAUUUACUUCCUGCAGAUUAUAUACAUGCUGUUCAACAAAUUAAAUUUCCAGAAGUUGAAUAUAGCUUUGGUACAACAUCUACAUCUGAUUUGACUGAUUUUUUGAAUAAUAUGACACAAAAAGCUGAUUCUGUUCGCGAAAUUCUUGGCCAGACGGCUGGUAUGAACUUCGGAAAUAUUUCUGCACCUUACGCAGCUGCAAAUAUCACUAUGACUCCUACAAAAAGACAGAAGCAAUGGAAUACUGAUGACACUCCUUCUAAACGGAAGCGUAAAUCUCUGAGGGAUGCAUUUAAUGACGUCCAAACAGAAGCACCUGAUGAUGUUCAGCCAUCAGAAAUAGACGUUCAAGUACCAGCAGGUGAACCCGAACCUGAACCUAAACCUGAACCUAAACCUGAACCCGUGGGAAUUUCAAGUCUAGAGCAAGAAAGUGCUCUUGUUGUACCCGAGCCAGGACCUCCAGCAGAUACUUCACCAGCUCACGAAUCCGAACAGGACACUCUCCAAAAACUUGCCGAGUUAGAAAUCGAUCCUCUUGAAGUUCCAAAGCAACGUAGAACCAAAAAGAACUUAAAAUUCCGGGAUCCAGUAAUAAGUAUUAGUGGUGAAGCAAUAAAAAAAAAUCAACGCAAUAAUAUUUAUACUGUGAAUCGCGCAGAUGUUCAGAUUCAAAUCAACUUAUUUCGCCAAACUACAGAAAAUUUAUUUAAUCGACCGGCCAUAUCAUGGUGCAAAAACAGCAAAAAAUUUCGUCAUCUAGCAGAUGCUCUAUUGGCAAACUUCCAAGUCAUGCUUACGCCUCUUCGCUCUGCUGCUGACAUAGACCUUGCAAGACGUGCAUCAGUCCACUCAGCAGCUCAGCUCUCUGAUGAUAUUGCCGCUGAUAUAAUAACUAAUCGGCGAAAAAGCAAUCAAACUGAUCAAACUAGAGUUGAUGACACUGAUGACCAUCAAACAGACAAUACAGAGCAAGCUAACACUGAGUCAACAGUUGACGUUCAUCACCCAGAAAUCUCUCAUCCCGAUCUCGACAGUGGAACUCAAGAUGUUGCUCCAGAAGAUAACGCUACUGGUGCAACUCUUGAUGUAGCAAUAGCUGGCUUGACUCCUCCAGAACCAGAGUCCAAUGAGUCAUUGUGGUCAGAUCUUCCGAAGAGAUCAUCACAGUUUCAUCGUGAGUCUGAAAAUAUUAUUGAUGUCGAUGACAUUGUUUCCAAUGAUAGUUCAAGGAGCUCUUCGCCAUCUUCGUGGACUCUAACUGAUUUGAAAGCUCAACUUGAAGUAUUUCUAGCUGAACGGUCAGCUGUUACUUUUGAAAAUUUAGUUCCCCUUGAGAAUAAUACAAAAUCAGAUGCAGUGACAUGUUUGAAGUUUCUUUUAAGCAUGGCAUCAAAAGGUGAGGUUACUCUCUCACAAGAAGAAGGGGAUGAAGAUAUUUGGAUUUCGAAGUAG